GACACGUCUGGAUUUAUGAUGGCUUGUAUGAGGAUAACCGCUCGCAGAGGCCGAUGGCAAGCACUGUUUGUGAUUCUUUGUCUUUUCAAGCUGAGCUCAGUGACCGGACAGGCUCGGUACUCCGUACCGGAGGAGCAGGCAGAAGGGUCUUUUGUCGGAAACAUUGCCAGAGAUUUAGGAUUGGACGUGGCGAGGCUCAUAUCAGGUAAAGCUCGUAUUAUCACAAAAGGGAGCCGCCAGUACGUUGAUUUAAACCGAGACAAAGGCACCCUCGUUAUUAAAGAGCGAAUCGACCGAGAAGAACUGUGUGGGAAGACGACGCCCUGUAGCUUCAGUUUCGAGGUCAUUUUAGAAAAUCCGAUCCAGCUUUACCGAGUAACAGUGGAGGUUAUAGACAUAAACGACAACAGUCCCUCGUUCCCAAAAGACGAGAUCAAUUUAAAAAUUGUUGAAAGUGUUGCAUCAGGGACUCGUUUCUCACUAGAGGGUGCCGAUGACCCUGAUGUUGGUAUUAAUGACAUUCAAAAAUACACACUUAGACCCUCAGAUCAUUUCAAAUUGGAAGUGCAGAGCCAGCCUGAUGGAGGAAAAUUUAUCGAAAUGGUUUUACAAAACCCGCUAGACCGAGAGAAAGAGGAGACUCACACACUCGUGCUGCUUGCUUCAGAUGGAGGGGAGCCACAUAGAUCAGGGACGGUGCGUGUUCAUAUCACUGUGCUGGAUGCAAACGACAAUGCACCAGUGUGUAGUCAGCCUGUUUAUAAAGCAGAUGUCAAGGAGAAUUCUCCUGAAGGAACAGUGGUGACCACUGUUAGCGCAAAUGACGCAGACAAAGGAGUUAAUGGCGAGGUGACAUUUUCCAUAGCUCAUGUUGCUCGAGAGGCGAAGAUACUUUUCGACAUAAAUGAAAAGACUGGAGAGAUUAAAGUUACAGGUAAACUGGAUUUUGAAAAAUCAAAAUCUUAUCAGUUAAACGUUCAGGCGAGUGACCACGGGGGAUAUACUGACACGUGCAAAGUUAUUAUUCAAAUAAUAGACGAGAAUGACAACGUCCCUACAAUACAGCUUCUGUCAUUUUCUAACUCGAUAUCCGAGGAUUCUCCCCCAGGGACAACUAUAGCUGUUGUCAACGUUGAUGAUGAAGACUCUGAUGGUAACGGUGUCGUCAAGUGCUCCAUUAACUCUGACGUGCCUUUCAAAAUUGAGUCUUCAUUACCAGGAUAUUAUACUAUAGUCACCGAGAGCGAUUUAGACAGAGAAAGUAUUCCUGAGUAUGAUAUCACCAUCACCGUCUCUGACCAAGGCUCCCCGCCUCUGUCGAGCAGUAAAAAUAUCAACGUAAAAGUGUCUGACGUGAAUGACAGCCCACCUCAAUUUGAUGUGUCGGGAUAUAGUAAGACUGUACCAGAGAACAACUCUCCUGGAUUGUCUGUGUUUACUCUCAGUGCAAGUGAUGCCGACUGGGGCCAAAACGCUCGUGUUUCUUACUUUCUGCAGGAAAAAGAGAUUAAUGGCGUUGCUGUAUCUUCGUUAGUGUCAGUAAAUUCUGAAAACGGCGUCAUUCAUGCAGUGAGGUCGUUUGAUUAUGAGCAGAUCAAGUGGUUUGAAUUUAACGUGACUGCUCGUGAUGCUGGAUCCCCUCCUCUGAGUUCGGUAGCUACAGUUAGAAUAAUGAUCCAGGACCAGAACGACAACCCCCCUCAGGUCCUGUACCCAGUCCAGACUGGUGGCUCUGUGGUGGCUGAGAUGGUGCCUCGUUCAGCAGAUGUGGGCUAUCUGGUGACUAAAGUGGUGGCUGUUGAUGUGGACUCUGGCCAGAAUGCGUGGCUGUCGUAUAAACUGCAGAAAGCCACAGACAGGGCGCUGUUUGAAGUGGGCUCACAGAAUGGAGAAAUAAGAACUAUCCGCCAAGUGACUGAUAAAGAUGCAGUGAAACAAAGACUGAGUGUUAUAGUGGAGGACAACGGGCAGCCCUCUCGUUCAGCUACAGUCAUUGUGAACGUGGCGGUGGCGGACAGCUUCCCUGAAGUGCUGUCGGAGUUCACUGACUUUCCCCACGACAAGGAGUACAAUGACAACCUGACUUUUUACUUAGUGUUGGCUUUGGCUGUAGUCUCCUUCCUGUUCAUCACGUGUUUGGUGGUGAUUAUAUCAGUGAAAAUCUACAGAUGGAGACAGUCUCGCGUGCUGUAUCAGUCCAACCUGCCUGUGAUUCCAUAUUAUCCUCCACGUUACUCAGACACUUUGGGGACAGGGACUCUGCCACACGUGUACAACUACGAGGUGUGCAGGACGACUGACUCGAGAAAGAGUGACUGUAAGUUCGGCAGAGCUGGUAGUCAGAACGUGCUGAUAAUGGACCCCAGUUCAACAGGGACGAUGCAGCGGAUGCAGAGUGAGAAGAGCAUCCUGGAUGAACCAGACUCUCCUCUAGAGGUGGGUUUUUGA